AUGCUGCGCACGCGCGUGCUCAACUUCACGCCCAGCUGGUUCAGCGUCAACAUGGGCACGGGCGUCGUCUCGAUUCUGCUGCACGAGCUGCCGUUCCAGUUCCGCGGCCUGGGCAUCAUUGCCAACAUCAUCUUCGCGCUCAACGUCGUCCUCUUCGUGCUCUUCCUGCUGGCGACGCUGGCGCGCUACCUGUGCUUCCGCAACAUGCUGCGCCUCAUGCUGCUGCACCCGGCGCAGUCGCUCUUCACCGGCACCUUCCCCAUGGGCCUCGGCACAAUUGUCAACAUGAUUGUGCUCUCGCUGGUGCCCGCCUGGGGUGCACAGUGGGCAUACGUGGCGUGGGCGCUGUGGAUGGUGCAGUCGAUCGUGUCGCUGCUGACAUGCAUCGGCCUGCCCUUCCUGCAAUUCACGCGCCACGAGCUCGCCUUCUCGACGAUGGCGGGCACGUGGCUGCUGCCCAUCGUGGCGCCCGUCGUGAGCGCCGCGUCGGGCUCCGUCGUCGCCUCGGUGCUGCCGCCCGCGCACGCACGCUUCACCCUCAUUGUCGCCUACAUCCUCUGGGGCACGGCCGUGCCCACGUCGCUGCUCGUCUUUGGCAUCCUCUGGGCGCGCCUCGCCAUCCACAAGAUCCCGCCGGGCAGCCUCAGCGUCAGCGCUUUUCUGCCCGUCGGGCCGUGCGGCCUCGGCGGCUUUAGCAUCAUGAACCUCGCCGCCGUGCAGCGCCACCUGGCACUGCGCGGCGAGGCGGCGCUCGGAGGCGCGAGCCUGUACGACGCCCGCGAGCAGCUCAUGUUUGCCGAUGCGGUGUAUGCGGGCUCGAUUGUGCUGGCACUGAUCAUGUGGGGCUUCGGCUUUGUCUGGCUCACGCUGGCAAUCGGGAGCGUGGUGCGUGUCGCUGGAGUGAGAGCACCAUCGCCUGCGCUGACCACGCCGCAGUGCGACAUGGCAUACAUCGAGGGCGGCCUGGCCUUCAAUAUGGGCUGGUGGGGCCUCGUCUUUCCCCUCGGUGUCUUUGCCCUGUCGACCAACAAGCUGAGCGCGGAGCUGGAUUCUGGAGCGCUGCGAGUGCUUGCCACGAUACUAACGGUUGCAGUGCUCCUCCUCUGGCUCCUCUGCCUCUCGCUGACCUCGUACAAGGCUGCGACUGGCGAGCUGUUCCACUCGCCCUGCCUCGCAGCCGUCGGCGGCGAGCCGCCAUCAUCCAUCGGGCCAUCGC